AUGGCACUAAGGGACGAACUUUUGAAAUCAAUAUGGCACGCUUUCACAGCUUUGGAUGUAGACAAAAGUGGGAAAGUGUCAAAAUCCCAGUUAAAGGUGCUCUCUCAUAAUCUAUGCACGGUGAUGAAAAUUCCUCAUGACCCGGUGGCGUUGGAGGAACAUUUUAAGGAUGAUGAUGAAGGUCCAGUGUCCAAUCAAGGAUACAUGCCGUACCUGAACAGGUUCAUUCUUGAUAAGGUUCAGGACAACUUUGACAAGGUGGACUUUAACAGAAUGUGCUGGACUCUGUGCGCCCGGAAAAACCUCGACAGAGACAACCUGCUCAUCACAGAGGACGAUGCUUUCAAGAUCUGGUGUAUUUUCAACUUCCUGUGUGAGGACAGAUACCCUCUGGUUAUAGUCACAGAGGAGAUCGAGUAUUUCCUGAGAAAGCUGACAGAGGCUAUGGGCGGCAGCUGGAUAGAGGAGAAGUUUGAGGACUACAGGGCCCAGCUGAGCACCAAGCAGCAGUGUCUGAGUGCAUGGGAGCUGAUUGAACUGGUGGGCAAAGGGCAUUUCAGUAAGGGUAUGGACAGACAGACUCUCUCCAUGGGCAUCAACGAAGUCUUCCAAGAACUCAUCCUGGAUGUACUCAAACAGGGUUACAUGAUGAAGAAAGGCCACAAACGGAAGAACUGGACAGAACGGUGGUUUGUUCUCCGCCCCAACUCCAUCUCCUACUACGUCAGUGAAGACCUGAAGGAGAAAAAAGGAGACAUCGUGUUGAAUGAGAACUGCUGUGUUGAGUCCUUACCAGAUAAGGAAGGGAAGAGGUGCCUGUUCUAUGUCAAAUGUUCCGACAAAAGUUAUGAAAUCAAUGCUUCAGAUAAAAAGAAAAAACAGGAAUGGAUUCAAGCCAUUCAGACCUGCAUCACGCUAUUAAAGCUGGGUCGACAAGCUCCGCACCGAGAAGCCCGGCAAAAAAGGCGGGAACUGCGGCAAAAGCAGCACGCGGAGCAGGAGGAGCUGGAGCUCCGUAUGAAAGAACUGCAGAUAGCCAAUGAGAACAAGCAGAGAGAACUGGAAGCCAUGAGAAAGAAACUGGAGGAGUCGGCAGCGCAGGCAGCCGAGGAGGAGCGCAGACGGCUGCAGACGCAGAGCGAGCUGCAGGAUCGCUACCGGAUCGACCUGGAGAAAGAGAAAAUGGUGCGUCAGCAGAUGGAGGAGCAGGUGGCUCAGAAGUCUAGUGAACUGGAGCAGUACCUGCAGCGUGUACGAGAACUGGAGGACAUGUACCAUCGCCUGGAGGAGGCGCUGGAGGACGAGAGACAGGCCAGACAGGACGAAGAGACUAUACGUAAACUGCAGGCCAGGUUGUUGGAAGAGGAGGCGACCAAGCGUGCUGAGCUGGAGCAGAUCCAUCUGAACCAGCAAAAAGCCAUCGCCCAAACUGAGGCAGAGAAGCAGGAGCUGGAGAAAGAGAGACUGGCCAAAGAGAAUGCCCUGGAAGCAGCCAUGCUACAGCUGGAAAACCUGGAGGCAGAGAGACAAGGAGCCCUGGAACAGUACCAGGAAGUGGUUAAGAAACUGGAAGAUGCAGCUAAUAAGACAAAAAGCUGGAAGGACAAAGUUGCCCAUCACGAAGGUCUCAUACGUCUUAUACAGCCAGGUUCAAAGGGUCCACAUAGGAUCACUAACUGGGGCCCGGCAGCCUUCACUGAGACUGAACUAAGCCUGAGAGAGAAAGACUGGCAAGAAAAGAAGAACAGGCCCACUCAGGCCCAGUAG